AUGGCUAAAUUCAUUAAAUCAGGUAAAGUCGCUAUUGUCGUCAGAGGUCGUUACGCCGGUAAAAAAGUUGUUAUUGUUAAACCACAUGAUGAAGGUUCAAAAGCUCAUCAAUUCCCACAUGCUAUUGUUGCCGGUAUUGAAAGAUAUCCAUCAAAAGUUAGUAAAAGAGUAGGUGCUAAAAAAUUAGCUAAAAAAACUAAAGUUAAACCAUUCAUCAAAGUUGUUAACUACAACCAUUUAUUACCAACUAGAUAUACUUUAGAUGUUGAAUCAUUCAAAAAUGAAUUAACAAGUGAAACUUUUACUGAACCAUCACAAAGAGAAAAUGCUAAAAAAGUUAUUAAAAAGAACUUUGAAGAAAAAUAUCAAACUGGUAAAAACAAAUGGUUCUUCACUAAAUUAAACUUCUAA